AUGUAGGCCGGCAUGGCAAAGACAGUUGCCGUCAUAGGAGCUGGAGCCAGUGGUCUCACUGCCCUUAAAUGCUGCUUGGAUGAGGGCCUUCAGCCAACGUGUUUUGAGAGGAGUGAAGACAUUGGCGGGCUUUGGAAGUUCCAGGAGUGUGAUAUCAAUGGCCAAGCAAGCAUUUACAAAUCUCUGACCAUCAACACGUCCAAGGAGAUGAUGAGUUACAGCGAUUUCCCCAUCCCCAAGGAUUUCCCAAACUACAUGCACCACAGCAAAGUGAUGGAGUACUUCCGGAUGUAUGCCAAACACUUCAAUUUGCUCGAAUACAUACAGUUCAAGGCCUGUGUCUGUCAGAUAAGGAAAAGGCCAGAUUUCCCCACCACCGGCCAAUGGGAGGUUGUAACAGAAAUGUAUGGGAAGCGGGAGUCCACCAUCUUCGAUGCUAUUAUGGUCUGUACCGGCCAUCAUGUGUACCCUUAUUUUCCUCUGGACUCAUUUCCUGGGGUCAAGAAGUUUAAGGGGAAAAUUAUUCACAGCCGGGAAUAUAAACAUCCCGAAGAAUUCCGGGACCAGAGGAUUCUGGUGAUCGGCUUAGGAAAUUCGGGAGCAGACAUCUCUGUGGACCUCAGCCAUAUCACUAAGCAGAUCUUUCUGAGCACCAGGACUGGCACCUGGGUGGUAAAUCGGGUCUCUGACAAUGGGUACCCCUUGGAUGUAGUGCAUUUUACGCGAUUCAAAACCCUCCUUCGCCAAACUCUUCCCGUAGCUUUGGUGAACCUGUGGGGUGAGAGAAAACUGAAUACCAGGUUUAACCACGAGAAUUAUGGUAUAAAACCUCAGCACAGGUUCCUCAGCAGGUAUCCCAUUGCAGCAGAUGACCUCCCCAAUGCGAUCAUUUCUGGCAGGGUGUUGAUGAAGCCAAAUGUGAGGGAGUUCACUGAGAGAGGAGUGAUUUUUGAAGACGGCAGCCAUGAGGAAAACAUCGACGUCGUGAUCUUCGCUACGGGAUACAACUUCUCCUUCCCCUUCAUCGAUGACAGCAUCAUUAAUGUCAGGAACAACCAGGUUCCGCUUUAUAAGUUCGUCUUCCCACCGCACCUAGAAAGAUCCACACUGGCCAUCAUUGGUCUCCUCCAGCCUUUGGGAGCCAUUAUGCCCAUAGCUGAGCUCCAGGCCCGCUGGGCCACCAGAGUCUUCAAAGGCCUUAUCAAGUUGCCUCCCGUUGAUGUGAUGAUGGAUGACAUUGCCAAGAAGAUUAAGAAAAACGAGAAAUGGUAUGCCCCCAGCCAGCACAUCUCCCUCCAGGUGCAGUACGUCGAUCAUGUGGACGAGCUGGCUUCCCUGUCGGGAGUGAAGCCAGACCUGCUGCGCCUCUUCCUGACGGACCCGAAGCUGGCUUGGAAAGUGUUCUUUGGGCCCUGCUCCCCAGUGCAGUUCCGCCUGAACGGUCCCGGGAAGUGGGACGGAGCCAGAGAUGCCAUCCUAACCCAGGAGGAGAGGAUUGUCAAGGCCACAAAGACCCACUGGGUGACCCGGCCGGUACUGCAGAUGGUCCUCUAG